AUGGCUACCGGGAGAUUUCCUGAAACUCUUCCAGAAUGUGGUAGUGACGCCGUCGGUGAAAGAAUCGGGAUCAAGUGUGAACCUUGCCGUCGUCGGAACAGGUCGGAUGUGGCAUCAUUAUUCUGUAAUACAUGCAAGGAAUAUCUAUGCGAUGACUGCUGUGAUGGACACAAGAUAUACCUGACAAACGUAGAUGAACAUCAAAUCGUGGCUGCCCAAGACGCCUGCAUCACACCGAAAGUCAAUCUGAAGGGAAUGGAUCAGUGUUUAAAACAUAAACGAGCAUUCAUGUUUCACUGUAAAGACCACGAAGAUUUGUGCUGUGAAAUAUGUGCCUUUUCCUGUCAUCGUAGAUGCGACAAUGUCCAGGAAAUAGCGAUGGUCGCUAAAAACGUGAAAGAGGAUGAAAGGGAAAAGAUACGUGCAUCUACUAUAACUGCCUCAGAAGUUAUAAUGAAAUGUAAAGAGGAUCAAUUGAAGAACGUUUCGCGAGUGGAAGAAAUCAUAAAAGAAAUUGAUAUAUACAAGGAAGACUUAUUAAUGAAAAUUGAGGAAGCAAAGGCGCAAAUUGUCAGCGAAAUGACUAACCAUAACAAACAGGAGGAGGAACGUCUUAAUAUGAGGAGAAAUGCGGCUGAAAACCUGAAGAAAGAACUCGACACGCACUUGGCAAUGUCGGAUAGCGUUCGCAAGAAUGGAACGGAAACGGAUAUAUUCAUUUUAAACCACAUUCUCAAAAGGAACCAAGACAAGGCAUCGCAAACAUUGAACACUUUGUUGAAGAAUGAUUACACCGUCAAAGUAGAACUAAAAAUAAACGCAAACAUUUUAGAAAUUAAAACUACUGAUGUCGCAUUAUUUUCAUUAAAUGAAACACAAAAGCCAAACUCACAAUCAUUCAAUGUAGUCAAGGAAAUCAAGACAACAAAAGGCUCUACAAACGCUAAGGAGGUCCAACAACGGCCGGUGCGUCUGGAGCUGUUGAAAACCUUUGACCUCGUGAAGACAGGGGACGACAAGUUUCCGCCGUUUGUUCCUGGCCUGGACUUCCUGCCCAACGGAAGGAUCGUCGCCGUGGAUAAGUUGAACUUGAAAUGUUUUAUCUUGAGUGACGCACUGAAGAGGUUCGACACAUUUUAUAAAUUUAACACACAUCCAAGGGACGUAUAUUCUUACUCUGAUAACAAUAUUGCAGGAAUCGCAGAUCACCAAACCAUCUGCCUGCUGACAAUAGACAGGCACAACACGAUAACGCUGACGAAGACGCUGAAUACGUCCACCUUAUGUGGCUCCAUCUGUCACCUGAACGACCGCACGUUCGUAGUGAGCACUUAUUACAACUCACGGCAUGCCAGGAUGAUCGACGUGGACGGCAAAGAGAGCGACUUCGACAACGUCAAGUUUCCUGGGAAGUCGUAUGGGAUUGAUGAAAGUAAGUGUACCUUCAUAACAUCUCGGGAUACUCUUGUUCUUACGGACAGGCAUGCUGACACUGUUUACAUAUACAACAACGUGAUCGCCAAGAGCAUUGAGUUGAUCGAUGUCCGUAUACGGGAACCGAGAGGCGCAUGCGUUGGUCUCGAUGGCUCCGUGUUUGUCUGUAGUGAGGACACAAACUCCGUCAUCCAGAUAUCUCCCGAUGGGAACAUAUUAGCGUCAUGUGACGUCGACAUGACCUCUCCGUCGACCGUGACUGUUUCCAGGGACGGCUCAAGAAUGGCCGUGAGUGGAUUGAUAAAUAUGAAACUGUUUAAAAUAAUACAAUAA